AUGAAGAAGACGAAAUCAGUCAACGUCUGCACAUUGUGGACUUUCUUUGAUCUUGUUAAGAACGACGACGGUUUCACAGAAGGAGUCAUGUCAUACCAGCACUCUUCAAUAUGGAGAAUACCUUUAACAAUGUUAAACCUUUGCUACAAGAACUUUCCACUCCCAGGGCACACUGCCUCCACCGUCAUUAUGCCAUGCAACGGAACUCACUCCAGAGUGGAGUCAGAUCUUUAUCGGGCGACGUCC